AUGCGCGGCUGGAUUAGCGACUGCAUAGAGAGCCACCAAGAUUGCGCUAUUGCGAACAAUGGCUUCAUUCCCAGCCGCUUACUCAAUGUCCAGGAUGGCAUUAAUUUGCAGGACACUCGUGAGAUGGCACCUGUGCCGUAUGUGGCUCUAAGCCACUGCUGGGGUACGCACAUUGCCGAGAAGCCCAUGCUGAAGACGACUUGGAAAACGAUUGAGGAAAAGAUGGUAGAGAUACCAUGGAACAGUCUACCUGCAAACUUUCAGGAUGCUAUCAAUGUCACCCGUGCGCUUGGCUACGACUACAUCUGGAUAGAUUCGCUCUGCAUUAUCCAGGACUGCACCCGGGACUGGGAGCAAGAAGCGGGGAAGAUGGCCGAGGUGUACAAAUAUGCAACAGUGACGAUCGUUCCGACGGCCGCAAAGUCCUGCCACGACGGUUUCAUCCGCCGC